AUGAGCGAAAUCACGAUCGCCGCCGAACCCUUUUUCGACCGUCUCGCGAACCUCUACAGCAUCUGGAAGAAUGAUAAGAGGAGCAGCGAUGGCCUCUUCAACGGCGCCGACUCCAUCGUAGUCCUUACCGGAAAGGCGGAGCAGGAUGCUAGCAUCUACCAGAAGAACAAUACCCUGCACUUCUGGUUGCUUGGCUAUGAGUUCCCAGCUACGUUGAUGGUCUUUACCCAGGCCACCGUGUAUUUUGUCACUACUGAGAAGAAAGCUAAGCACUUGAAGAAUCUCAAGAAUGGCAAGAUCCCCGUCGAAAUCCUCACUGUCGAAGCGAAGAAACCCGAGACCCGCACCGAAGCUUUUCAAAAGUGCAUUGAAGUCAUCAAAGCUGCAGGCAAGAAGGUGGGCGUCAUCAGCAAGUUCGACGCCACCGGUCCCUUCGUCGACGAGUGGAAACGUAUGUUCAGCGAAACCGCAAAAGAGCUGGAGGAAGUCGACAUCUCGACUGCCUUGUCCAUGGCUUUCGCCAUCAAGGAUGAGAACGAGUUGCGCUCGGUGCGUAGUGCCGCCCUAGCCUCCAGCGCCGUUAUGUCCGAUUAUUGGAUUGAGGAAAUGUCCGAUGUGCUCGACGCUGAGCGACAGAUCAGUCACAGCAAGUUGGCGGAUGGCAUCACUCGCAAAAUCGAUGAUGCGAAGCUCUUCAAAAAGGUCGCCAAAUUGCCAGAAGACUUCGAUAUCGGUCAGCUGGACUGGGCUUACGGUCCGAUCGUCCAAAGUGGCGGCGAGUAUGAUGUCCGUCUGGCCUCUCAGCCCGUCACCAACAAUAGCAAUCUCCAUUCAGGCUGCAUCGUCGCUGGACUGGGGCUACGAUACAAGACAUACUGUGCAGCGGUCGCCCGUACCUUCCUGGUCGAUCCGAGCAAGUCUCAGACUACCAACUACAAGAUCUUACUUGCUGCGCAUGAGGCGGCUAUAGAAGCGGCCAAGGAUAAUGUCCCGGCCAAAGACGUCUACAACAAAGCUCUAGGAGUGAUCAAGUCGAGGAAGCCCGAGCUCGAGAAGAACUUUGCUAAGAACGUUGGUGCCACGAUUGGUAUUGAGCUGAAAGAUGCAAACUUCACCCUGAACGGCAAAAAUUCGCGCGUACUGCGUGACGGCAUGACCCUGAGCAUCACGACGAGUCUGUCGGAUCUGACCAACGACAAGCCACAGGAUAAGAAGGGAUCUAAUUACAGCCUUCUCUUGGUCGACACAAUUCGUGUGACAGCACGGGAACCAGCCAUUUUCACCAAGUCUGCGCCAACUGACCUGGACAGUAUCGAGUUCUACUUCAAAGAGGAUGAAGAAGAGUCCAAGCCGAAGAAGAAAGAAGAGAAGAAGCCUGGCCGAAGUGCUGUGGCCACAUCGAACAUCAAGUCUUCCCGCCUUCGAAAUGCGAAUCGUCAAGACAACGCCAAGGAGGAGGAAGAUCAUCGUCGAAAGGAGCAUCAGAAAGAACUCGCGCAGCGAAAGCAGCGCGAAGGCCUUGAGAAGUACAGUGAAGCCACCGGUGGGCUGGAUGGCGACAACGAGAAGAAGUUCAAGAAGUUCGAGUCGUAUCGAAGAGACGAGCAGCUCCCUGCUAGAGCAAAGGAUCUUAUCGUCUACGUUGACACGAAAGCAUCGACAGUCAUCCUACCGAUCAUGGGCCGCCCCGUGCCGUUCCACAUCAACACCAUCAAGAGUGUCAGCAAAUCAGACGAAGGCGAAUACACUCAACUUCGGUUCAAUUUCCUGUCUCCCGGUCAAGGUGUCGGCCGCAAAGACGAUCAGCCUUUCGAAGACCCUCAAGCUCACUUCAUCCGGUCGCUUACUGUGCGGUCGAAGGACCAAGAUCGUUUGUCUGAUGUCGCAGCUCAGAUCACUGAACUUCGGAAGGCUGCCGUACGUCGUGAGCAAGAGAAGAAGGACAUGGAAGAUGUUGUCGAACAGGAAAAGCUGGUCGAAAUCCGAAAUCGACGUCCACUCAAGCUCGGCGAUGUCUUUCUCCGACCUGCUCAGGAUGGAAAGCGUGUCCCGGGAGAGCUUGAGAUUCACCAAAAUGGUCUUCGCUAUGUUUCGCCGCUGAGGAAUGAGCACGUUGAUGUCGUAUUCAGCAACAUCAAGCACCUUUUCUUCCAACCUUGCGUCGGAGAGCUUAUCGUGCUCAUUCACGUCCACCUGAAGAGUCCCAUCAUCAUCGGCAAGCGCAAGACCAAGGACGUGCAAUUCUAUCGAGAAGCUACCGACAUGGCCUUCGAUGAGACUGGCAAUCGCAAACGCAAGCACCGAUUUGGCGACGAAGAAGAGUUUGAGCAGGAACAGGAAGAGCGCAGACGUCGUGCCGACCUAGAUCGCCAGUUCAAGAGCUUCGCCGAGAAGAUUGCCGAUGCUGGCCGCGAACAGAAUGUUUCUGUUGAUAUUCCUUUCCGGGAUCUCAGCUUCAACGGUGUGCCACAUCGCAGCAAUGUCCUUAUGUCGCCUGCGACGGACGCACUGGUUCAGCUUACGGAACCUCCUUUCACGGUCAUUACACUAGAUGAGAUCGAAGUUGCUCAUCUUGAACGUAUUCAGUUCGGUCUCAAGAAUUUUGAUCUCGUCUUCGUCUACAAGGACUUCAACCGCCCGCCAAUUCACGUCAACACGAUCCCGGUAGAGUCCCUCGAUCGUGUUAAGGAGUGGCUUGACAGCGUCGAUAUCGCCUGUACCGAAGGUCCCCUCAACCUCAACUGGGCUACUAUCAUGAAGACUGUCUCAACCGACCCGCACAGCUUCUUCAAGGAAGGCGGUUGGUCGUUCUUGACUCAAGACUCGGAUGAUGAGGGUGCCGAAGAGUCCGAGGAGGAAAGUGCCUUCGAGAUGGAUGAUGCUGAGCUUGCCGAGAGUGCCAGUGAGAGCGACGAUGAGUCCGACUUCGAUGACGACGCAAGCGCUUCGGAUGAUGAGGGUGAGGACGAGAGCGGCCUCAGUGAUGAAGGCGACGAUUGGGAUGAAAUGGAGAGCAAAGCUAAGAAAGAAGACAAGCGUGGCGCGGCUGACGAUGAUCACGGCAAGAAGCGCAAGCGCUGA